AUGUUUAAGCAUAAAGGAGUGGUUUCUGAUGACAUGACCCUCCUACCCAAACGUCCAGAUAAUUACCACAGCCUAGAACAAAAUGAGAAGGAAAUGAUUGACAAUACCAUCAAGAGCGAGAUAAUCCAUAGAUAUUAUCUUGCAGUAACUCAUAACAGAAACCCAAGACAUUGGGUCGCCCUACAGCUGUAUGAUGAGGCACGAACACAGCCAACACGUAUUGUCCAGGGCGUAUGGGAAGAUGGCGAUAUAUUUUUCCUUCGGCGUUCGCUGAUCACAAUUGUGAAUAGGUGGGAAGAUCUUUGCUCGGGCUCUGGACCAUGUCCUGUAAGCUUCAGCGAGCAAGAAAUGGCUCAAUAUGCUCACGAGGAAGAGAAUAGGGGCUACAUUAGCGAGAUACUAACGCUUUUUCGAAACAACUGGGGAUUGCCUCCGGAUGGAUCUGUAGAGGCAGCUAGAUUUGACGAAAUACAGACUGAACUAACUAAGAUGAGAGAUGCUUUCGUCGGGAGUACUGAAAACGAGGAGGACGAGCUACUCGCUGAGAAGUUAUGGCCGUACCAGGAUACUACGGAAAAUUAG